CAGGCGCGGGAGAAGAUGCUGGCGGCGCAGCGCGCGGACGGGGCGGCCCCGGGGGGCGAGGGCGUGACUCUGCAGCGCAACAUCACGCUGCUCAACGGCGUGGCCAUCAUCGUGGGCACCAUCAUCGGCUCCGGCAUCUUCGUGACGCCCACGGGGGUGCUCAAGGAGGCGGGCUCGCCGGGGCUGGCGCUGGUGGUGUGGGCCGUGUGCGGGGUCUUCUCCAUCGUGGGCGCGCUCUGUUACGCCGAGCUGGGCACCACCAUCUCCAAGUCAGGCGGCGACUACGCCUACAUGCUGGAGGUCUACGGCUCGCUGCCCGCCUUCCUCAAGCUCUGGAUCGAGCUGCUCAUCAUCCGGCCCUCCUCACAGUACAUCGUGGCGCUGGUCUUCGCCACCUACCUGCUCAAGCCGGUCUUCCCCACCUGCCCGGUGCCCGAGGAGGCCGCCAAGCUCGUGGCCUGCCUCUGCGUGC